UGAAAGCGCGAUGACCUGAUGUCGUCAUGACGUCGAUGACGUGGCCUGAGUGACGGCGGCACGCGGGAAAGUUCAGACUGAGGAGCUGCAGCUGAGUUUAGCGGUAAAUAUGGCUAUGAGGAAUGCAUCCCGGGUGGAGGUGGAGGCAGAAGUUGAAGAGGAAGAACAUUUUGGGCCACAACCGGUUUCACGUCUGGAGCAAUGUGGCAUCAGCAGCAGCGACAUUAAGAAGCUGGAAGAAGGUGGUUUUCACACUGUGGAGGCCGUAGCGUACGCGCCCAAGAAAGAGCUGCUGAACAUCAAAGGAAUCAGCGAAGCCAAAGCUGACAAGAUCCUGACGGAGGCGGCGAAGAUGGUUCCCAUGGGCUUCACCACAGCGACUGAGUUCCACCAGCGCAGAGCUGAGAUCAUCCAGAUCUCCACGGGAUCCAAAGAGCUUGAUAAACUCCUGCAGGGAGGAAUCGAGACGGGAUCCAUUACAGAGAUGUUCGGCGAGUUUCGCACAGGAAAGACGCAGCUGUGUCACACACUGGCCGUUACCUGCCAGCUGCCCAUAGAUCAGGGCGGUGGAGAAGGAAAAGCCAUGUACAUCGACACCGAAGGAACCUUCCGUCCAGAGAGAUUGCUGGCUGUAGCUGAGAGGUACGGGCUGGUGGGCAGUGAUGUGCUGGAUAACGUGGCGUAUGCCAGAGCCUUCAACACGGACCAUCAAACACAGCUGCUGUAUCAGGCCUCCGCUAUGAUGACUGAGUCCAGAUACGCUCUGCUGAUAGUAGACAGCGCUACUGCACUGUACAGGACAGAUUACUCCGGCCGGGGAGAGCUGUCCGCCCGUCAGGGCCAUCUGGGGCGGUUUCUACGCAUGCUGCUCCGUCUCGCUGACGAGUUUGGUGUGGCCGUUGUCAUCACUAACCAGGUGGUGGCACAGGUGGAUGGAGCGGCCAUGUUUUCAGCAGAUCCCAAGAAGCCGAUUGGAGGAAAUAUUCUAGCACACGCCUCGACUACUCGAUUAUACCUGCGAAAGGGUCGAGGAGAGACGCGGAUAUGUAAGAUCUAUGACUCUCCAUGUUUGCCCGAGGCGGAGGCAAUGUUUGCCAUUAAUGCUGAUGGAGUGGGUGACGCUAAAGACUGAAAUGAUACCAAACAGACCACCUGAGUAUGUGAUCUGAGACCAUCUGCCAGAGAAAAGACUCCUGUGAAAUGACUGAAAUGUGGACGCGUAAUGUCUCGAAUUAAUCGAAAAGACUUUGGAAAGCGAGUGAAUCCUUCAGAGUGAAAUUCAUGGUUUAUUUACAUGUAUGAAGCUUGAUGGAUCUGAAUGAUCCGAGCUGGUGUAAUUAUUUGCUCUUUACUGUAAUGUCAGCCUCCUCUAUACUAUAUAUUUAUCUUUUGAAACAUCUGUCUGUUUUGUUUGGACUGAACCUUUUUCUUGUACAGAAACUAGUCAGAAUUAAAGUGUUUUAUCUGUUAAACUAA